CUGUCGGCGUGAUAUUUGACAUGGCGCUCUGUUAACUUCCGCUCUCUUUCUCAUUCGACAGCCAUCAUGCCGCCUAAGAAGGAUACGAAGGGUUCUUCUAAACAACCGCAGAAAACCCAGAAAAAAAAGGAGGGUGGAUCUGGUGGAAAAGCUAAAAAGAAGAAGUGGUCCAAAGGAAAAGUACGUGACAAGUUAAACAAUCAAGUACUCUUUGAUAAACCAACAUAUGAAAAAUUGUUGAAAGAAGUACCACAAUACAAAUUGAUUACACCUUCAAUCGUCAGCGAGAGGUUAAAGAUUAGAGGAUCUCUCGCCAGACGGGCACUCAUAGAACUUCAACAAAAAGGCUUGAUCAAGCAAGUUGUACAGCAUCAUGCGCAACUUAUCUACACACGUACUACUAAGGGAGAUGAUCCAGCAGUAUAAUAUGUAUGUCAAUUUAAUAAAAAAACUUUAAGUUUAAAAA